AUGAGUCGUCACUAUGGUGGCCGCGGUCGGCAGUACCGAGAGCCCGAGCCAUACUACGAGGACCCGGAAACGCGGUUCAAAAAUAUUAUCAUACGGAUGGGAGACGUGGACGCGCUGCAGGAGGUUGACCGCCAAGUACACAACAUAACCGAAGCUGAGAACAUCAACAUUUCAGCCUUGUCCGAAGCUAUCCGUAUAGGUCUGACAGAGCAGCCGUACAAAGUUCCCUACUACGCGCUAUUCCUACGACGGCUAUUGGACUGCCCCGCAAAGGGCGAAGGAAGCGCCGCUCCGAGCGCGUCCAUUGGCCGUCAAGUGCUUGAAGACUUCUGGAAAGGUUUCCAAAGUUAUCUCGAUAAGCUCGCCUGGCGAGAAGUCCGCUUCUGCAUCCACUUCUUCGCACACUUGACAGUCGCUCGUGUCAUCUCGCCGCAGUCCAUGCUCUCCCUUUUACAAUCCUUGACUGCCGUGCUUGACGAGUUUGGUGUGUCCCAUGCUCGCGCAAAACGUGCUGCGCGCUCCGCCGCGGAAGGCCUUAUGCGGGCUGGCAAGAUCCUCAAAGAGCAGUCGGCUGCAUCUGUCAUUGAAAUGAUCACCGCUAUCCAGACUUACAGCGAGCUCAUGCCAAACGCGAAAUGGCUCGUACACCCGGCGUCAGGCGUCAACAGCACGGAAUCUCCCGUCAUUGGCGCAGACGAGAGUCUAGACACUGCUAUCGCAGCACUCAAGGCCUUGGACGCGAACGACUUUGAGGACGUAUCUUCGAUAUACAUCCAGCCUUACGCCGACGUAGCAAAGGGCGAGUUUGACUUGUAUGAAUUGCCCUCCGUCUUGGUCCCUCCAGACGCCAUGGAGCUCGAAUCUCUUGGUCCGGACGUCAGCGAGGACGUUCCGAUCAAGAAGGAGGAGUGGCCCGAGUCCUAUCUACGACUAUUCCCUGACGAGGUAACGCCCAACCCAUCUACGCCGGCAGGCUACGCCGCGCGGUCGGAUAUCGCAGAUAUCAUCGACAUAUUCGAGAUCAACCGCAAAGAAUGCGCACGAUUGCUAUUGGAGUAUCCGAAGUGGACGCCGCCUGGCACCUUUAAACCGCGACCAGGUGGACCGGAUGAUGACCCUGAGCGCCAACCAGUGCCCAGUAAGGACUGGCAACUCGAAAGCGCUCUAGUAGAGACCGCUCUCAGCCACCAGUUCCUGUUACCUGACGCUCCGAAACACACAAUCUACUACGGCGCUCUCAUCACGGAGCUAUGUAAGUUGUCGCCGCAAACUGUUGGGCCGGCGGUUGGCAAGUCCAUCCGCAAGUGCUACAGCUACCUCGUCGAAGGGCUCGACGUCGAAGUUGGCCGCCGUUUCGCUGAGUGGUUCUCAGUGCAUAUGAGCAAUUUCAACUUCCAAUGGGUCUGGAAAGAAUGGAUCGAGGACCUCAACUUGCCCGCUUCGCACCCAAAGAAGAUCUUCAUUCGACUGGCGCUGGAGCAGGAAAUCAGACUAUCGUACUACGAUCGUAUCGUCAAGACGUUGCCUCCCCAGUUCCAGGAUGCGGAAGCGGGCGCUAUUGCGGAUCAAGCACCAGGACCAGAGUAUGACUAUGAGUUGCCAUCUGCACCGCAUUACGAGCACGCUCAAAACGUCCUCAACCAACUUCGCGCUCGCGCAAAACCGGACGAAGUAACAACAGUACUCGACUCUAUCCGCGAUCAACUAAACGAAGAAGGCGAAGCAAAUGCGGAUCAAGUCGUGCGCACCAUCACCGUCCAAUCACUCCUCCACAUUGGCUCGCGAUCCUUCUCGCAUUUCCUGAACGCAAUCGAGCGCUACAUCGUUCUUCUCCGCCAUCUCGCGGCAGGCGGCGAGCGUGCGGGCGCUAAGGGUGAUGUCCUCAAUGCCGCGGCGCGUUUCUGGUACCGGAACCCUCAGAUGGUUUCGAUCGUCUUCGACAAGUUCAUGCAGUACCAGAUCGUCGAUCCUACGGAUUGCGUGCGCUGGGUCUUUGCUCAUGCUGAGAACGGCCUGGAUUGGGUACUGUUGAAGGGAGCGAUCGAUAAGGCGAAUGGUCGUGUAAUUGUCGCGCGUAAGCGCAUCGCCGCUCUGCGUAAGGAGGAAGAUGAGACGCGUGCGCGUGAGCUCGCUACGGACGCGAGUCAUAUGGAGGUCGAUGCGGAAGUGAAAGCCGAGGAACCCACAUCCGAAUCGCCGGCUUUGUCUGCUGCUCUCAAGGCGGUUUCCACGCUUACAAGGGAACAGAAGUCAACCCUCUCACUCGUCGUGGAGGGAUUCGUCGACCUUCUUCACCCAACGGACUCAUCACUGCCUGUAUACUCUGUCUUCACGCAGAGCGCAUGGGAUGAUCGCGCGUCAUGGACAAAUGAGCACUGGGUUGCCUGGUCCGCAUGGGGCUGGUACAAGCACUUCUGCCGCGCAUAUGCACCUUACCUGCGUACUUUCGCGAACACGCUCAGCAUCGUAUCACUCGCGAAGAUCGAGUCGGCCGAAGACGAGUCGGCUAAGAUGAUGAAGCGCGUAUGGAACGGGGCGACAGGCCAGGAGUAG